UGAAAUAAAGAAUUGACUGAAUCUUAAAAGUGAAGACAAAGAUAUAAAUAGAAACUAAUGAAUGAAUACAUAGGAAGAGCUGAAAACGAAUUCCAUCGCCAGAAACAAACAGUUAUCGGACCUAAAAGAAGCCAAACUCGUCAGGAGUUCCAGCUUUAAUGAAGUCUCCAAUGUGUUCACGACAUAUGAACUCCAUCUUCAAAAGUUUGAAUACAAAAAGAUUUGCGAUCUCAAGAAAUUUUUCUUGGAAUUCAUAAAAAGUGAACUUUUAUUUCACGCCAAGACUAUUGAGAUGUUGACUGAAAGCUAUGGCCAUAUCAUGAAUAUCGACGCCGACAGAGAUUUGCAGCAAUUCUGCAAUUAUUUCAGUUUCACUCAAUUGGGUUCACCUAAAAGGGAUGACUCCAAGACCACAGUCGAUGACAAUAUGCAAACACAUCCGACAUUAAGACGAUUCAAUUCGGCGCCGAAUUUCAAUUCAACACUCGGAAAGUGA